UCAGACCUUAUGCUAACAGCUACCCCCAGGCUCCUCGGACGGGUAUAUAUACAGUCUAUGGGUGGAAGCGACACCAGACCGACACCGUCAGCCGCCUCUCCGGGGGACACAGGGAGCGGAUCGCCACGCCAGAGGGGGUUUUCCGGUCGUAACGGGGGCCGCGGACACACGGAACGGCUCGAGCGGUGCCAUACUGUGACCUUUAUGUGAGGUCUAAGCCCUAAAGGAGCGGGUCAUAGACGGGAGGAGAGACUCGGAGAGAAGCAUCUGGCCACAGACGCCUGGAUACGUGUUUUUAUUUUUUACUCGGUUCCUUAAACCUGCAGCCACAACCAGCAGUUUUGACGGCAAGUGACAACGACCAUGGAGGCCAUUGCCAAAUACGAUUUCAAAGCCACCGCCGAAGACGAGCUUAGUUUCAAACGGGGAGACGUCCUGAAAGUUUUCAUGCUUUGCUCUGGCCCGUCACGAUGUAAGUCUACAGCCUCCCUGCUGGGAGCUAAAGAGGUAUUAAAUGAAGAGUGUGAUCAGAACUGGUACAAGGCCGAGCUACACGGAAAAGACGGCUUCAUCCCCAAGAAUUACAUAGAGAUGAAACCCCAUCUGUGGUUCUUCGGGAAGAUUCCUCGAGCCAAAGCCGAGGAGAUGCUCAACAAACAGAGGCACGACGGGGCCUUCCUCAUCAGGGAGAGCGAGAGUGCACCGGGGGACUUCUCUCUCUCCGUGAAGUUUGGAAACGACGUCCAGCACUUCAAGGUCCUCCGUGACGGAGCUGGAAAGUACUUCCUGUGGGUGGUGAAGUUCAACUCCCUCAACGAGCUGGUGGAGUAUCACCGCACCACCUCCGUCUCCCGCAAUCAGCAAAUCUUUCUGCGAGAGAUAGAGCAGGUUCCCCAGCCUCUCCUCUCUCCUCUCUCCUCCUCCUCACAGCAUCCCACGUACGUGCAGGCGCUCUUCGACUUCGACCCCCAGGAGGAGGGCGAGCUGGGCUUCCGGCGCGGCGACUUCAUCCAGGUCCUGGACAACUCCGACCCCAACUGGUGGAAAGGAGGCUGCCACGGCCUGACGGGCAUGUUCCCCCGCAACUACGUCACGCCUGUCAAUCGGAACAUGUAAACAGUCCGACCAUGUAAACAACAACAACCACAACACGGCAACCAUCCCCACCACCACCACCAUCAUCAUCAUCUUCGUCAUCGUUCUUCAUCAGCCCAUCCCCCCCCCCCCCCCACCCCAGCCUCUCGGCCAUUCCAUGAUAUCAGGAGCAGACAGGAAGAGCGAAAAGCUGAACGACGAGAGAGAGAGAGAGAUAUUAAACGGGAGCAGAGCUGCCGUGGGCGUCGCCGUGUGGGAGGCAGCGGAGCUAAAUCAACUUUUACUUGUGCUGAGAAUGUCGCCCCCCCCCCCCCCUCUCCCCCCCCAGGGAGCACCGCGGCGAGGAAUCGAACCGUCGCUGAGGGAAACCGAGAUGCGGAGAAACUAAAGAGUAGUUGCACCGACCAUGAAGAAAACCAAACGAUCCCAGUGCUCCCACCACGGCUGCUCCCGUCUUCUCCUACACUUCUUAACAUUCUGCCUUUCUUCUUUUUUGUGUUUUUCUUCUUCUUCUCUUCCUUUGCCGCAUGUUGUUUUAAUCUCCUAAAUGAAAUGCCUACCGAUAAAUCCUAACUCUGUUUUAAAGAAAAAAAGUCAAUAAAAAUAUAAAAAAGAUGAAAUGGUUUUUAAAAAAAUUGUACAAAAAAGAAAAGAGAGGAAAAAAGAAAUGAUGCCAUCUACAGUACAGCAAGUUUCCAUGUUUAAGUUCAUUGGCACGUGAGCAUUGUACAUCAGCCAUUGGCUGUAUAAAUAAAUCAACUAUAGAGAGAAUCCAUUUUUUAAGAAUAUAUAUUAUAUAUUUGUAUGUGUUUGUCUGUUUUACCUCUCAUCAAAUUGUUUUUUUUUUUCCAUUUGUAAAUUAUGUUCAAUCCUCUGUUAGUCUGGAUAAGACCUAGUAGCUCUAGAAUGUGCUGAGAUGUCAGUGUUUCCUUUCUGUUUGUUCUGAAUCUAUCUGAGGGCUCUCAGAUAACACAGCAUGACAUGUACGGGGGGGUCACGAGUUCCAUUUGAGAAGGAAAAGGUUUCUCUCGUGUCUGUAAUGCUAACGAGAAAAAAGAAAAGUCAACGUUAAUGUGGAGAAACCUCCGAAGAGUCGAAACCCUGUGGGGAAGCAGGUGGAGCCACAAUGCUGCAAGAGCUGUUGUAUUACAAAGCCCCGUGUAAAGGUCAGCCACCUUUUCAAAGCCAAUGUAUUUAUUGCAGCCAUUUUCACCUGGGCAGUGAAUGUAGCUGACUGCGUCCACAGACAUUAACAUGAGGGAAGCGAGGUCUGAGAAGUGAACUACACAACCACGCAAGGGAUUUCAAAACAAAGAGACACGCUGAGGCAGUGAUGUCAUCGAUACUCACUCGUAGAGAAGCUAGAGAGAGCGGGGGGGGGGGGGGGUGUACAGGAAGUUAAACAUGCGUAUUCAAACACGUUCAUUACAUGCAUGCAGACGCUCUCCUCCUCGAUACACGUGCACGUAGAGACGAGGCAGAGUUUGAGAUAAUCACAUUGUGUUAAUCACCAGUGCAGAUGUGCAGCUGGCACAACAGUCCAGAAAACUGAGAGAUUGUCUUUUAUGCUCCAAGUUGAGAGAUCAGCUUAAAUAAUGUAAAAGAUUUUUUCCCUUUUUUGUUUUUGUAUUGUUUUUGUUUUUUCGUUUCUUGGUCCAACGUGUGGUCAAGCCCUUUUUUUUUACUUUUUUUUCCCGUCGAUUGUUGACUUCCUGUUCCCGUGUGUGUGUUUGUUUACUGUGUUUGUGUUCUUCUUGUUCUCUCUGGAUAGUGCCUUUCUCUCUGGUGUUUUCAGUGUCUCCGACCUGCUACUUUGAGCCCCCCCCAACCCCCCCUCAAACCCCUCCCUUUACGGGGCUUGCCAGUCCUGCAGUGAGAAAACCGUGUACAUAAUCCAGCCUGCCCCCCCCCCCACCAUCCACCCGCCUUCACCUUUGUCCUCACCAACGUGGAACUCUUCUUAUUUAAAUGUCUCUCGCCUUGUCUUACCUAAUGAUACGUUUUUUUUGCUCUUUUAUUUUUUGGGUUUAAUUUGCAUUUUUUUUGUUUUUUGUUUUUUGUUUUCAAUUAAUAAAAUGCAAUUAUUAAAAAAAGGAGAAAACUGUUUGUGGUUUGUGUUUCGGAAAAUAAAAGAUUCGUCACCGAUCUGGAUGGCGAGAGACCGAA